AUGGAUGUCGCAAAAAUGCCAUUGGGCAUUAACAUUCUGUUGAAUGCAAAACAGCAAACCAUGUUAUCAUCCGGAGGUGCCACGGAGAAAAUGGUCAAAGUGAUGGACAGUGUUGUGGAAGUGAUCAAAGAAGCGAAUCGCGAGGCUAUGGGCAAGGACUGUGUGGCCGUCAACGAGAAGGAAUGUGCCGUGAAGGUCGUCAGCGAGAAGAAAUGUGAGGAAGCUUUGACUGAGCGUGUAUGGACAAAUGCGCAAGUCCAAGAACACAUAAUUGAAGCUUCCAAGGCGCCUGCUGCUCGUAGUGCUUCUGCAGCCGACCUUUCAAAGGCUAUAACACUUCGCCGGAAAAUCGAGCUCGGAGAGGUUGUUGCUUUGGACGACAAGCUGUACACGGAUGGUAUCUGCGCUGCCCCCAACUGCAACAAGAAAGCUCACACCAAGAAGCACAUCUCCUGGUGCAAGGAACACGAAAAGGCGUUGGUCAAGAAUAGCGCAAGCGACUUUGACAGUGAAAUGAAGAAAUGGCCCAAGUGGCUUCAGGAAUGGGUCAAAGAGUUGCGUGGGCUGCAGCUCAAUGAGGAGGAAUGUCACGGGCUGUUGUACAGCUUCGUGCCCCCAAUGCUCCUUUUGUUAGAGAAACACUCGGGCCACUCACGUACCAGUGCAAAACUUUUUGAUGCCAUUGCCACUUACAAGAAACACUACAAUCCCAUUCCUGCGGUUGCGUCAUUUCUCCUUACGUGUGCAUUGACCUUCAUUAUCUCCUGUCUUGUGGCCAUCAUCUUGGCUGUGGCUGUUGCCAUCAUCCAAAAAAUACUUGAAUUUGUUGCCAAUGCCGCCGAAAUCAUAGUCUUACUAUUAGUCCAUCAAGUCGGAUGGAGAGCUCCGGAGUGUGUUAGCUCGAUGCUUGCUGGCGGCCUCGUUGGCGCUGGAGUCGGAGCAAGUGUGUCUGGAGCCGCAGCCACCUUGCUUGUGCCUGCCGGAGUCGGAGCAAGUGUGGCUGCGGCAAGUGUUCUUGCGACAGCAGAGGCUGGAGCCGCAGCCACCUUGCUUGUACCUGCUGGAGCCGCAGCCGCUUUCCUUGUGCCUCCUGGAGCGUUGCUUGGCACUGCUGGGGCAUUGGUGGGAGCGGGUGUUGGGCUAGGAUACUACCUCUUCAACGCCGAUUAUCGUCGAUGA